AUGAAAGGAAACGACAUUUCUAAAUUUUAUCAAAAUCUCUUUAAUUGUUAUUCUAUCGCAGCUCCUCCAAAACGAUGUGGCCAAAACGAAGUCUUUGAUUCUUGCGGGGCAGGGUGCCAACCUAGUUGUCGAGAUCCGCAUCCAGUGAGUUUUUCAAAAAGUCACAGCAAAUCAAUUUGGUCGAAUGCAUGUCGAAUCUUUCAGGGAAUGGUCAAUACAGACAGAUUUAUUCCCACUUUUCAUCCAACAUGA